CAAGUUAGUUGCCUUGUCUACAACACGCCUCCUCCUUACAGCUGGCAUGCCUUCGUCUCCAGGAAAUCGCUUGUUUCGAGAAAAAAUGGCUGCAAUAUGCUACAUUUAAUCCUUAAGGAUUUUCAGACGCGUCGCUGGGAAAGUCGCAUGGUGUUCGCCACAGUUGAAGAGUCGAAUGGGAUUUUUGUGAGUGUGAGUGAUCGCUGGUGAGCUCUAGGCCCUUCAGUGAUGCCUCGGACCGUCGUGAGAUCCUGAGCCGAUCAGAGCUCGAGGAGCUCCGCUUCACACAGCUGAACGCUCGACGUACUUGAGGAUGUCCGAUCUCUGCGCUUAAUCGUGCGUGAACAUAAACGUCAGAGAAAAAAACCUGGCCACUGAGUUUAUGAACAGUCUGGAGAGAGACAGUGAAUCAUGCUGCCUCCAUCAAGAAGGGAUUUUGUGUCUCUGACUCUCAGCGAAAGUGGCAGCUACACCAACAGCAAGCAGUGGCACCGGCAGUCCUGCUGGAGAAAAUGGAAACAGCUGUCCAGAUUGCAGCGCAGCUUGGUCCUGUUUACACUCAUGCUGCUGUUGAUUUGUGGAAUUGCCACAUCUCCCACUCUCAUAGGGCACUUGAGAGAUGGUGUGGUAGGAGAGAGCGGGUACGAUGGAAAACAGCCAUUUAAGUCCAUUCUUCCUGAGCCGCCCUCUGAGAAAAAGGAGUACCGUAGACGUGUACCGCCUGUCUUGCAGAACCGUUUGCAAACCAAAACAAAUGUUUCGGGUCUGUUGGGAGUAGAAAAUAAGGGACUGGACCUGAAAAAUGAAAAUAAAGGAUCUGAAGGAGGAAAGCCAAUCAUUAGUUGGCGUGGAGCUGUGAUAGCAGAAGAACAGGCAUUUGAUACUGACACCAAAGACACAGAAAUCCAAGACGACCCAGCUUCAUUAGCACAUGCUGAGAGCAGGCUGGAGGCUGUGAGAGAAGCUUUUAGACAUGCCUGGAAGGCUUACAAGGACUUUGCUUGGGGUCACGAUGAGCUAAAACCAAUCUCUAAAUCAUAUGGAGAGUGGUUUGGGCUUGGGCUGACUCUAAUUGAUGCUCUGGACACCAUGUGGAUCUUGGGUCUCAAAGAGGAGUUUGCAGAGGCCAGGGAGUGGGUGGCCACAGAGCUCUCUUUCGAUAAGAACGUGGAUGUUAAUCUGUUCGAGAGCACCAUUCGUAUACUCGGUGGCCUUCUGAGUACUUACCAUCUGACCGGAGACCCCUUGUUCCUGGAAAAAGCUAAAGAUAUUGGCUCCAGACUGAUGCCUGCCUUCAACACUGCCUCAAAAAUCCCCUAUUCGGAUGUGAAUAUUGGGAAGGGGACGGCUCAUCCUCCGCAGUGGACUUCAGACAGUACCGUAGCUGAGGUCACUAGCAUUCAGCUAGAAUUCAGAGAGCUCAGUCGACUUACCGGAGACCCCAAAUACAAGCUGGCUGUAAUGGAGGUGAUGAAGCAGGUGCACAAAUUGGAUGGAAAGCAAGAUGGGUUAGUGCCGAUGUUUAUCAAUACCAACAAUGGCCUGUUCACCCAUCAGGGUAUUUACACACUGGGUGCCAGGGCUGACAGCUACUAUGAGUACUUGCUGAAGCAGUGGAUACAAGGAGGCAAGACCGAGAACGAAUUGUUGGAUGACUACUUGCUGGCUGUGGAAGGCGUGAAGAAGAACCUCCUGAAGAAGUCUACUCCUUCCAGCCUUACAUUUGUUGGAGAGCUGUCCCAUGGCUACUUCAGUCCCAAAAUGGACCACUUGGUUUGUUUCCUGCCUGGCACACUUGUGCUGGGGACACAUUUCGGCCUUCCUGCGGAUCACAUGGAGUUGGCUAAACAGCUGAUGGAGACUUGCUACCAGAUGUAUGCCCAGAUGGAGACAGGUCUGAGCCCGGAGAUAGCUCAUUUCAACAUGCAUGAGGGCAGCACACAGGAUGUAGAUGUGAAGAUUGCAGACCGACACAACCUACUGCGGCCAGAGACUGUAGAGAGCCUCUUCUACAUGUACAGAUUCACUAAGGAUAAGAAGUACCAGCAGUGGGGCUGGGAGAUCCUUCAGAACUUCAAUAAGUACACAAGGGUUCCCACCGGAGGUUAUACUUCCAUAAACAAUGUCCGUGACCCAGCCAAUCCCAACCCUCGAGACAAGAUGGAGAGCUUCUUCCUGGGUGAGACACUCAAAUACUUUUACCUGCUGUUUUCUAAUGACCCCAACCUUAUCAGCUUAGACAAGUACAUCUUCAACACCGAGGCCCAUCCUCUGCCCAUAUGGCCACAAGCAGAGUGAAGGACCCACAAGCACACGUGCAUAACCAAACACACCUCUCUCAGGGCCAUGAACACAUUUGCUAUCCAAACUGCCAUCUUUUUCUACACUCUUUGUAAUUGAAAGCCACUUACUGGUAAAAAAAAAAAAAUUUGAACAGCCAUGACAGCAACUAGCAAUAGUACUAGUAAGAGUUUGUGAAUUUUUUUACUGUAUUUAUGCUAUUGUUAUGCUGUCGAUCAGCUAGGUUGCUGAAUUAGCCCAUUGCAGUCUCUCAGCCUAAGCACACGGACAAAAAUGUUCAUACUGUGAAACCUUAUGGGGACUGUAAGCACUUUAUAGUGUGUUUUCUUCUAAUGAAAGAAUUACUGUUGUUUGUGUCAUGGGGAUUUAGGGGGUCUUUGAUGGUCUAUUUAGCUUUGCAAAAAAAACUUUUCUUUACAUCAUAAGUUUUAUUUGUUUCAUGAGCUUAUAUCACCUAUGUGAACAUUUAAUACAUUCUGUGUAAUUAUCAGGCAGCAUUGUAUGAUUUUAUCUUAUCUUGUGAUCAAGCACAUGCAAGGGGAAAUGUUUUGUGUUUUUAUUAAUUAUUUCCAAUAUUUCUUUCGAGUUUAAAACCCCAACUUCACUGUGAGGGAUUUGUAAAAUGUCUUUCCUGUGAAUAGGAGAAAUGAACUUAUUUAUUUUUUAUUUGGUGUUGUUGAGCUUGGUGUACGUUAGAGGGUUUAUUAUUUUUAUAUAUACAUAUAUUAAAUGUAUUUUUUGACAUUAAAACUCACUAGCAGGUGGACCAUUAUAAUUAUUUAGUUGCCUUUUUUUGUGUAUGUGUGUGUGCUUUCAGUCAGAAUUAUGUAUUUUAAUAGAGCGAUAAUCAAGCACAAUGUUUUUAAGGGUUUGUAUUAUGGCAGUUUUCACUCUUUCAGGGGACCUAUAUCAGAUGUGAUUGUGUCAGUAGUAUUUUUAUGUGUGUAUGAUGAAGAACUUCAUGGUAUUGGUAGAUUAUUUUGUAAAAUAUGAAGUUGUAUUGUUUUCUUGGGGUGGUUUUCUUAGAACUUUAAAGAAUCUUCAAAUUCCCAAGUGUUUUCUUGCAGGAAGAAAAGCUGAAUGUUGGCUAUUCAUUUUUCGCUACUUUUUACAGAUCAGUUUGUGGGCCUGAGCUUAAAUAGAAUAGGUGUUGCUGUUUACACAGAUUAUAAAUGUACUAUGUGCGUUGUAUUUUAAAGCUUGGUUGAACUUUACAUUUCACUGGGCAGAAUCUUAUAUUAAUAUCCAGUUUUUUGUGGGUAGUAUGUACAUUAAAACCACUGCAGAUGUUCAUCAAGGGCUGAGCAUUAACCGGUUUGUUGUCGUCAUGGUAUAGUGAGAAGUUCUGUUCCGCGUGUGCCUUUACAUACAAAGCAAUGACAAAUGUUUUCUAUUUUCAAUCCAGAGAAUCAAGUUUUUAUGAGAAUUCAGUCUAUUUUAAACAUCUCAUUCCUGUUGUGAAGCGAUCUACAAUUUGUUUUAUGUGAAUAAAUACUUUUGUGAUCAUUUAUAA